AUGGAGAUGAUUAUCGAUGACCAUCAAAAUCAUACAACUGGCGAAGUAACUGAUGAUCAUGAUAAGGAUUUUAUCCAUACUUUAAUUGAGUUAUCUUCGAUAGAGAAUCCUUCUGAUGAUCGGCUGACCAAAGGAGAUAUCAAAGCUCUUGUAAUGGACAUAUUGACCGGGGGAACAGAUACGACAGUUGUGACGAUCGUUUGGGCAAUCGUCCUUCCUGGGACGUGUGUUUUAGUAAAUGGGUGGUGGGUAGGAAGAGAUCCAGGCACUUGGGGUGAGAAUGCGGCUGAGUUCUAUCCAGAGAGGUUUGAGAAUCUUGAUGUGGAUUUUGGAGGAGGAAAUUUUGAGAUGGUCCCUUUUGGAGGGGGACGUAGAUCAUGCCCAGCGAUGAAAACAGUUCCAGCAACUUUAGAGGCCAUCAUAGCAAAUCUUCUGUACUGGUUUGACUGGGAAGUUCCCGAUGGAGUGAAGAAUGAAGAUAUGAAAAUGUAG